AUGCCAGAUCUUGGUAAAAUUUCGCUUAUUGCUGCAGCUGCUAUUUCUGCUUUUUCUUUGCUACUUCUUAUUAUUAGUGUAGCAACACCUGUAUGGCUUGAUGAUGGAACUGGAGUUACAGUAGGCCUUUUUAAACAAUGUUUGAGUGUAGGCUGUGUUAGUGCAAAUCAAGUUACUCAAGGAGUUAAUACAAAUCAUGGAAUUGAUUCCAAAAUUAUACUUGAAGGUGCGAAAGUUUCGUAG